AAAAGAAUCUCUACUAAAGAUUUCCAUAAUAUUUAACGAAAAUACAAAGUUUUCCUUUUUAGUAAAACUACACUCUUGUUUAACAUAUAAAUUGAUUCAAUGAGAAAAAAUAUAUCAGAAAAAGGAAAUGAAAUCUUCACCGCUAUCAUUAUUGAUUCGUCAUUAAUUACCAAGCGAGACCAAAAAUAGAAAUUCUUGAACUAAGGUUUUAUAUAUUCGCAAACAUUGAUCAACACCUCAUCAUUCAAUUCAUAGAGAAUACAGAAAUAACAUAACCAUGGCUUCUUCUUCGUCCUCUUCUCUUUCGUCUUCAUCAUCGAAGAAGAAAAAAAACCUUUUCAAGAAACCUAAUUCUGCUUCUUCUUCUUCGAGAGCCACAAGCUUAAUUAAAAGACAAGCGACUGUCUUUAAGAAAGCUGAAGAGCUUUCAAUUCUCUGUGACAUCGAUGUCUGCGUCAUCUGUUACAUGUCAGACGGAAAGCUCAAGACAUGGCCUGACGACAGAGAGAAGGUCAAAGCCAUAGCUCGAAGGUACGGUGAAUUAAGCGAGACGAAGCGUCGCAAAGGAAGCGUUGAUCUUCACGAGUUCCUCGAGAGGAUCAAUAAGGAUGAUUCCAAGGAGGAGGAGGAGAAGAAGAAGAAGAUUAAAGUGAGACGUGUAUCCAGAGUCAAGUAUCCAGUUUGGGACCCUAGGUUUGAUAAUUACUCUGUGGAGCAACUCACUGGGCUUGUUCAGUCCUUGGAGCGAAACCUAACCAGAAUCCAACAUAGGACUCACGCUGUUGGUGAAGCUCAGGGACAGAGGAGGAUGCAGUACACGAACAUGGCUAGUCAAGAACUGAUGAUGGCUCAUACGAUGAACCAACUUCAACAACAUUCAAACCAGGUUUCCAUGUAUCUGUGGAACCAUGAUAACGGUUCUUUCUCGCAAAUCCCAGUCUCUGCAUUAGCUUCAAACCAAGCGCAAUCUCUGGCUCCGAUUCCGUCUGAACUAAUGAUUUACCCAAAUUCGGAUGUGGGAAGUUACUCGGGGUCACUUGGGGUACAAGGAACUGGGAUCAACGGGCUUCAGACCAUGAACAUGUUAACCUACAACAACAUCAACAGCGUUAAUGAUUUCGCAAAACAGAUUGACCAAAAUUCCAGAGUGGAAAGUUACUCUAGCUUACUUGGGGUACACGAAUACGGAAACAAUGAGUUUGAGAACACUAACAUGUCCAGCCGCAACAACUUCAAUGUUCAAGACUAUGCAGGGUUACUUGGGGUGGAAGGAACUGUAACUGGAACUAACGGGUUGCAGAGCAUGAACAUGCACGACUACAACAACAACAACAACAGUAACGCUAAUGGUCUUUCGCAUCAGCUUGUUCAAUUUCCAACGCAGCACCGGGUUUUCAAUUCGGAUCAAUCCGGAAACAAUACUAGGUCUCUCCCUAAGACGAUCUCUCACAAUCUCUCUUAUAGCUUCAUAAUUUUUGGGUUCUAUAUAUAACUAAGAAGCAUAUAUUUAUAAGUUUUGGUUAGUGCAAUUAUCAGUUUGAGACAUUUUAUCAAUCUCUAAGUUUUCGAUUAUUUCUGAUUAAUCGCUAAGUGUAAUGUGACUCAAGGAAUGUCUCCCAUGUUAGUGACUCUUUUCCUAUACUUCCUCUUUUGUUAUCCUGAGAAUUUUUCGUUUGUUAUACUUAUUGCUGAGAAUUAGGACUAAUAAUGUCUCCCAUGUUAGUGACUCUCUUCCUAUACUUCCUCUUUUUUUUUUUUUUUUUUUGGUAAAAUGUGAAGAUUACUUCCUCUUUUGUUAUUCUAAGAUUUUCUUGUUUGCUAUACUUAUUGCUGAGAAUUUGAUUACAGUAUCUGAUUAAUUGGUUUCACGAUUGUCGAAGGCGGCGUAAUAACUCUUUCUUCCCUUUUGUCAGCUCAAUUCUUUUUUUUUUUUAUAGACUAUAUGUAUAGCCUCACACUCGCCAGCUUGAGUUCGUUGGCUAGUUUUGAUCACCCCAAAUUCGAUUUCUCGCAUGCUAAAUUAAAAAACAAAAAAAAACCUAGGCAAUCCUUUAAGUUUUAAGACGAAUAAAAAGACAGACAAUCAGAAAUUACUUUAAGCUAAAAAUUAAAUUACUUUAACAUCUCUCUCCAAUCAUCUGUCGCAUUAAAAAGGAAAAAAGGCAAAAAUACAAUGAAAUGAAAAAUGGAAAAAAGUAGAAAAGAUCCUACUGGACAAUAAAGUGUUGUUGUUCGGCUUGUUUAAGAAGUAAUCACGGCUGAGAUUAAAAGGAUUUUAAUCAACGGUUAGAUUUGAACUGAAGUGUACUUACCUUCUUAGUGG